AUGAAUGGUGUGGCUCUGAAAGAUGCUCAACGUAGACUGGCGGAAUCCAACUCUGAAUUAACGGAGGCUAAAAUAAAUAAAUCAGAUAUGGAAAAAACCAUAUCCGAUUUACGUGCUCGCCUGUCUACAGCUCAGGAGGCACGUGACCAGUUGAAUGAGAAUCUCACACAGUUGAAAGCUCAGCUUCAACAGACUGCGGAUAGUUUUGAGGCGGAACGCCGCAAGCUGCGUGCCUAUGAGGAGGAAAAGGUUGGACUGUCUGAUCAGAUUGAACAAUUGCAAGGCCAACUACAAAAGUUACAAGUGCAGUUGGACGAACAACGGAAACUAAGCGAAACCAUACAGAAAUCCGUUCCAUCUGAACAAUUCUCGGCUCAACAAGAGCGUAUCCGUUCAUUGGAAGCCGAAGUGACUGGUUUGCAAACAGAAAACCGCGAGGCUCGACAAAAAGCCACACUCUUGGCCAGUGAGGCAUCGAAUUUACGUCGUAACUAUCAGGACCAAGUGAAUGAACUAAACGAUCAACUUUCAGUAGCCCAAAAUUUCUGUCGUUCAUACAAAACCCAAAUGGAAGACGAUCAGAAAUCGUUGGCAGCAGCAAAACAACGAGAACAGAGCUUAUUGGAGGAAGUUGAAAAAGUCAAACAAAACCUGGAAGCUGCUAUCCAAGCGCGACGAUUGAUCGAAGACACUAUGGUUGUGCGAGAAUCGGAACUGGCUGGAGCUAAAGUAGAGCUGCGUAGUUUAGAAGAAGCGUUCGAAAAUUUCCGGAAGCAAAUAGGCACGGAACUGAAUCGACUUCAGGCUUUGCAUGAUCAACGAGUGAACGAGUUGAACGAGGUUUCCGCCCAGUUGGAUGAGAUGCGCAAUCGGUGCUCGGUGGAACAGGAAAACAAUGAGCGACUAACCGAACAGGUUUGCAAACUUCAGAAAGAAAAAGAGGUUCAACAACGAAAUAUGGAUGUUAUCGUGAACAAGUUCUACCAAGAAAUGGAGCAUCGAAUCGCUCCGGCUGAGGGACGUAGUCGUGCACGGAAAAAGCAGGAUAACGAAGCCUAUCAACUGUUGGAGAGAAACUACAAAAAACUGGAAUCCACAUCUCAACGUUCGAUCGCAGACCUACGAAGAACCAUCGAUCAAUACAAGCGUGAUCUGGCCGAACGGACAAACACAAUAGCUAUCCUGACGGAAGAUUGUCGCGCGAAAGAUGCGGAAUUGGCACAAAUCAAUGCCCUUGUUACUCAAUUAUAUGCAAGACUAGAUCAGACUGCACCUACGCAGUCCACUCCAGUCAAGAGAAAUGAAUCAUUGAACUCCCACACGGGUGCGGCAGGUGACAACAGUGGGACAUUUGUUCGUGUUUCCUCCACGGGUUCAUUCACUGGCAACCCGAACUCCCCUAUUCCUCAGGAAAUGACGGUCAGUACAGAUUUUGGCGAUCCUUCUCGUUCCGACAUAUUGUCUACUGUCCUGGAACAAAUAGUGGACCUGGAUGGAAAGGGUCGCGCGCGAAACAAACAAACAUGGUUGCCUAAAUACGCAGUUCUGAAACCGUUCGUCCUGGCAUUCUAUGUGUCUCGUGCAGAUAAAGAAUUGGGAGCCGGACCAGUUGAAGAAAUUCCUUUAUGUCGACUUUUGCAUUUCCGAAAAGCGACCACAUUGGAUUUGAUUCAUAGCAAAGCAGAAGAAGUGGCGCGCACAUUACAAUUAUUUUACAAAAAAGAAGAAACUCCUGUCAUUCCGGCCAAUGGUGACAAUCCCGGAGUGGAUUUGAACAGCACCAUAGCUAGCAACCGAACCAGUGUCGGCGUGCACAACGGACCGGGCGAUUCGCAUAUUCGUUGGCUCGAUCACACAUUCCAACCGAUGCGAUUUCGGGUGGGUCAAACCUUGUGUGAUGUCUGUCAUCGUCCCUGUUCCGAUCUACUAAACCCACCCCCGGCAUUGGAAUGCAUCAAGUGCCGUACACGAAUACAUUUGGAACAUGUGGACAAGCAUCAGAAGUUUGCUUCCUGUCACAAUGCCACUCAGGUUCGUUAUGUACGAAUGCCAAAUACCCAAGAGUUGGAGACGUGGCUUCAUCACCUGAACGAGUUGGGCAAAUGCUUACGGGAAUUACAAUUAAAUCCUGAAAAGUUACUCGAAUCCGGUCUGGCAGGUUUGGCUGCGGCGGCUGGUGGUGUUGCUCAUAUCGGUACUAUUUCUGCAGCCACUCCGCUCUAUCGGAGCAUGCGUGCCGGAUCGAUGGGGGCCGCAAUUGUUAACAGUCUUGUGCCCAUGAGAUCAGACAGUAAAGCCUCCACAGCGCGGAGCUCAUUCAAAGGCCGGCGAUCUAGACACGGUCUGUCUCCCAGUACCAAAUCUCCAACACGAUCGCUCUCACCGGAUUUGUCCACCUCAUCAGGAAAAUGA